GCGCGCCCUGCCGCCGCCCGCCAUGCCGGCCCCGCCCGGCGGGAAGGUCGGGCCGGAGCCCCUCAGGGAAAUAAAGCUCGUCGUUCUCAAAAUCGCCCUGUUAUUUCCUAAUUUGGCUCCGAGCGGGAGGGCCGGGAGUGCCGGUCACAGGAAGCUGCCCGCGUCAGCAGAGGGAAAAAUGCCUUCUCCUCUUAAAAUGUGUUUAUCCGUUUGUGAACAAACGGGAAAAGAGCAAAACUCCGAGAUCGGUGCCCGAUGUGUUCCCAGGGAAAGCAGCUCUAUGCUGCUGCUGUGAGCCGCGCCUGGCUGAGGGCGCCUGCUGGCACCGAGCACCUGUCUGCAAAUACAGAGGUGUCAGCAAAGGACCAGGGACGGCCGCUCCCCCAGCAGCAGGGAUGCUCACACGAGGCCGAGCAAAACGCUGUGUUGCCGUGUGUGCACACAGCACGCCCUGUGCAGGGCCUGACAUCCCGUCCCGGGAGGAGGCUGAGGAAUGGUGCUGCGUUACCACACCCCGGCGUUAUCCAUGGGCUGUGCUGCUGCUGCCGCCUAAUUUUCUUCCUCUCUGCCCGCAGCUGCAGUCGGGUGAAGGCGGUCUUUCAUCAGUUUUAAGUUGAUUUUCUUUUAAUUAAAUGACUGAGAUAAGGAGAAAUGAUGUGCAGCGGGAGGGGGAAAAAAAAGAAAGCAGUUGCAAUUGCUGGGACGGCCAUUACAGAAAUAUUACCUGCAGCACCACUUAAAGGGCUCUUUUGUUUAUGCUUUGAUCGCUUUCUUAUUGCAGUAUUUGCAAUUGUAAGUGGAAAAUUACACCGUGUUCUGUUACACAAGCGACUGGUUGACGCAGCCUGAAAGACGAGGUUUUAUUUAUUAUUGCGUUUUCAGGGCUACGAACAAUAGAUGCGUUUUUUUAUUAUGGGGUAAAUAGCACUUUUCCACUUGACUUCAUGAUAACAGUUAACAGCAAAAAGGAGAUGCUCCUUUUUCAUCAGCUCACGCAACAAACUCGGGGCCGAGCAGCAGAGGAGCGGCUCAGGCUGAGGCUCCCGAUCUCCGCUGUGCUCCUCAGCCCCCAUGCAGCGCUUCGCCCCAAUUCCCUGCGUGGCGAAAGGAGAAAUCAAAGGAAAAGACGUGCAGAGAUCCCGCAGUGGGAUUAUUCCCAAACAGAGACAAUGCUGUGCAGAGGCUCCAUCACCUGGCUGCAUUGUAUUCAAAUGUUUGAACUGCCUGUCCAUUAACUCACUGUCUUCCCGUGGAAUCUUUUGUAGCCACCUGAAUUCGGGCCAGGUACAGCAGCAGGUGUGUGCUAAUGCUUACUUAAUGCUUUACUGCCAGUGCCAGUCGUAUCUUCUCGAGUUUCCUUUAAAGGUAAGGUUUGUCUUACAAUCUCAUACAAGUGCUUUAGCACUUUAGUAUCUGUUUUUCCCAAGGAGAUCAAAUAAAACCUCCAUUAGAUAACAAUUGUUAAGAGGAAAAAAAUCUAAUUUGCAGAUUAAGCCAACGAAAAGAAUUCAGUAAAAACAGAGCCACAAAGCAGUGUUACCAACAAAGAAUUCAAUGCUUUCCACAUAUAAUCCUUCAAAGAAGUGAGAGAUGUUCAUGGCAUAGGGGGGUGUGGGAAAAAGCUGCCACUUGUACAGGAAAUAUCAGGUCAUUUGUAGAGCAUCCAGUGCGUUGCGGUGCUUCUACCCCAGAACCCCUCCCGCAGGUUAGAAGGCUCAGAAUGGGUGAUUCCCUGAACUAGGGAAAAUCUUGGACUUUCAAGUGUGACAUGAUUUAAAAGCUUGAAUCAGAGCCGUUAGUCAUUAAUUAUGUACUAAAGCAAAAGUUUGCUCUUUUACAACGUUGUCAAAUCACAGGGAAAACCCUUAGCACUGUCGCUGCUUAUCCAUCAGCUGUACAGAUGCACCUGCAGACGGGCUCUGUACUCACCCCACACUGCUCUGGGAAGCACCACCGAGACACACCACGUCAGAGCAGAAACCAGAACCUCUCUUCCUUGGCCUUGGGAGCAUUGCAAAGACUGUGACUGUUUUCUCUCCCUCACCUUGCUGCAUCUUUUGAGAGCCUCCAGCUCCAAGCUAGCACGUAGUUAAUUGGAAAAUAAUUUAUCGACAAGAUGCGAAAGCCUUUGAGUAACGCAGGAGGCGAUUUUGCAGCUCAGCUUAGUAUAGCUGUAAGAAAUGAAUCAGUUGAACAAGACCAAGCACAUUCAGGCACUGGAAUUUGUGCCCUUGAGACUGCUGUUCCCAGCUCCAGCACUGAACACACCUCAGAGAAACAUCCUUGCAGCAGCUCGCUGCUCGCCUCACCCUCACACCGUCAGCUCUCCGCCAGCUCUUACAUAAAGUCUCUUGCUACAUCACUGCCACGGGCUGUUGUAAACCAUUUUUCUCCCCUUUAAUUCAAGUUCCUAGACAAGCAAAAAUGUAGAUUAUUGCCAGUAGUCUGGGGAACGGGGAUUUCUGUUAUGGAUGAUUAAUGAAACGUUAUUGUUUUGCACUUAGGGGGAAAUCACAGUUUCAUGCCAGUAAGGUCAGGGCCUUAAUAUGCUAUGCGCUCUGCAAAGGUGUACAGAAUGAUAGAUCACGUUCUGUAAUGACUGAGUCAAAGCCUCACCGGGGUAGAAGGGAACACAGCAGAAACAGAAGCAUGGCGGUGAAAGCCGAAGCAAACUUCUUAUUAUGUUGCUAGUUGCAAUUCUGGUAUAUCUAAAUCCACAUCUCCAUCUGCUCCAAGACAGGGGCCCCAAAACUGAGAUGCUGGAACACUGGCUCUGGAUACCUCCCUACUAAUCCUCCUAUCUGGUACGUCCCAAACUGCUCCUGGAUUAAUGCUACUUCUGCUGUGCUGUGUUGAGGAGGUUGAAGCUGCAGACCUGGGGCAAAAGGAGCCUUGGUGCUAAGUGAGGUGGUGGAAUUCUUCAGUCCCGUUUAGAAAACAAAUCUGUCACAACCUGGACUCCUCAGCAUUAACUUCUUAGGUCAGGCUGCCUCGGCUUGUUGACCUUGGACACAAGGCUCAAACUGUAGGUAUUUUUAUAGGUGUGCAUAUUGUAAAGCACAUCACCAGCACCAAGUGCCAGGACAUGCUGUAUUGUUUGUGACAGUGAGGCUCCUGAAGGAACGACAUCGGUUUGUGAGCAAUGCUUUUAAAAGGAGCAACGCUUCUGAGAACAGUUUGUUGCUAAAAGAGGUACAGACAUAAAGUGUGGGAGGCAGUGUCACCUUAGGCUCUGCACAGAGACAGUGUGCUAAGCCCCUGCAGAGGUUGGUUUUACAUGGUUCCCUCCAGUGGCCAGACCCAUCACACACAGUUUUACACAAUCCUUCAGUCUUUGGAAAUUCAUAGUAAAGUGAUUUUUAAAAGUAUAUUUUCAGGGGUUUUCCUUUCCAGAGUAGGUGUGCAACAGACUGGUUUGACAGGCAAAUGGAUAGAAAUCCAGUACAAGUUAGCUGUACCCAAAUGCCCAUAGCAAACACUGAGCGGUGUCCUGUAGAGAUCCCACAGAAACACUGUUUUGCAGGAUGGGGAGAAGCAGGUGGAAUCCAAUAAAACACUGCAAUAAUGGCUGAAAAAAAGAGGAAGGAGGUCAAAGUCUGAGGCUUUUGAUUUCUUUUUGCACUGGCAUUUGUCAAGGUGAGCAGAAUCCCUUGGCGAGGAGCUACCUGAGUUUUAACACAUCUGAGUCUAUAAAAACGUUAAUGUUUAAAAGGGUUUAUAUAUCCCUGAUAACAAUGCAUGGCUGAUAGGCAUCUCAUGUGGUUGUAAAUGUGCUGCAGAGACUUGCAAGACAUACAAGCCCUUGGUGUUCACUCUUGUGGUUUAUUAUGUUAUCAGAACUCAUUGACUGAGUUAUGGCUUUAUAAUAGCUCUUUUUCUGCAUUAUCCAACUGUUACCAUAGCAUUAUUACCCCGUGUCCCAUUAGAAGAUUGUAUCCAGAUUGAUUCCAGAUGAACACACAGAAGUUAGAUGAGUGAGGCUGUUUAAUGUACAGGGUCCUUUCCUAGGAGGAACCCAUUAUUUCCCCGAGCAAUGCCCACAAACCCUGCCUUCCUGAAGGUGGUAUUGGUUCUGGCUUGUGCUGGUAGAAAGACAAAGGCACUUGUGGGCAGAGAACAGAAUUUACUACCCAGCCCUGUAAGCCAACAAAUUGGUUGGCAGUGCUUAGGAGUGCAUAGUGGAAGCCAAGGUUUGUGAGGAAGAGAUGGAGGUGAGGAAAUGGCAUUCGUGGUAUUUUAAAACUGCCACGAUCAUCUCCCGUGGAGACCUCAUUCAUCCUUUCCAGGCAUGGCUCCUGCAGGCUGCAAGUCCGUCGGCUCGCUGCUUGAGAAAAGAUUUCAGGCUCUCUUAUCACCAGGUACAACCUGUGUUUGAAGCAGUUGGAAAGCCCCUGAGAAGACUCUCCUUUCUAUAGCAGUAGCCACCUCUGCUCCGGUAGAAGAGGACACAGACCGAGGUCUUCUCACUUGUGCAGCAGAUCCUGACAAGGACACAGCUAUGUGUUGCCCUCCUACCUUUCCUCGCACUGCCUACACCUCUCCUGCAGAUCACAAAUCCCCUUGUGAAAAAUCUCCCCUCCACCCCAAUAACCAGCUACAGAGAACAGGCAGACAUGCAGGCACCUUUCCUCAUGUCAAUCUAAUUAGAGUUUAUUGAUUCCUCUUGCCUCCAGCUAAUGUACUUUUAUUAUUAUUAAUAAAUAAUCAUCAUUUUUUCCACCAGUGGAGCCUCAGAGGAUUCUAGCAAAAAGGAUUAUUAAAACUAAAGAUUUCUAAAGGGUGGGACAGCAGCACAGCCCGGUAAUCAGACAGAAUAUGCAAGUGGGGAGCACAAUAUCCCCAUCCGAGAAUAUGUGAUGGAGCAUCACAUUGGCUUCUUCCCCUCAGGCCACCAAUUACAGCUGUGGCCUCCCGUUCAUGAUCCUUUCUGUUUCGCUGACAUCCCCCAAGGACACAAAGGGUGCGGGUGGCUCUCGGUGAGCUGUCAGCCCCCCAGACACGCUGGCUCUUGCAGGACCGUGCCCUGGCAUGGUGGAUGACUCAGUGCUCAGGGCUUCGCGCUCCUCCUGGUUGGCACCCGCUCUGCAGCAGCUCCAGGCAGCCUCUCUCCUCUGCCCAGCCUGCUGCCCAGCCCUGCCCCGCUCCACCUACAGUCACGCGGGGUCUCUUUCCCACCCGAGGCAGAAGUCUGGAGGGGAUGCUCUUUCCUAGAGGACUGCACAUAUCUGCUCUUGAAAAGGCAGGAACCACCACAUCACUAAACUAGACAAAGCACACUGCCUCUGACCAGUAGGCUGCAGAAUAGUGACUCAAGUGAUUUCGGGGGCCUGUUGGGAUGGUCAGCAGAGGACUAGCAGGACGGUAACAAUGUCUGCCACGAAAACACUGGGUUGCCCAAGGAAGUGAUUUUGCCGGUGUGCUGGAGAAACAGAGCUUUACCCGUGGGGGGACCAACACUUUUCUGCAAGCCUGAAGUCAGCACAUCGUGUCAGCUCCAUCCCAUCUACUUGGUUGGCUUUGUGUUCUCCAGGGGCUUCCUUGCCAGCUGCCCCCUGGUCAUUACUGAGGGCCUUCCCUCCCAAGUUCUGCUUCUCCCAUUGGCUGCCCAGUGCUCCAGCGAAGUCGCUGCACCAGGACAGCCAUGGGAGAGCCCAGCACAGCCCUUCCUUCUGCACCAGAAAUCACAUGGACCACAACAUCCACGUAACACUGGAAAACAAACACCUUGCUCUGUUCUUGCAGAUGAAAUAGGAGCUCCAGAUUAAGUUAAUCCAAUUUUCUGAAUAAAAUAGGUAGCUUUUUUGGCAGGUAAAAAUGUACAUGUGGUCCAAAUGGAAGUAAACAAGACCUGAGAGCCUUUUUCUCUGUGCAAAGCCACUUCCCCACAAGGUGUGCUCAGGUGAUGACAGAAGGGCUAUAAAGGAAGCCCCAGGAUGCUCAUACCCACAUUCUGGUUUCUGAUCCAGCCAUGGCCAUAACAAGCUUUCUGCAGUGUGUGGCCAUCAGCUCGCUGCUCUAUCUGGCAGCAGGGCUGGCCGUUCUCCUUUACUUCACCACCAGCUGGAAGAAGAGAAUUUGCAAUUUGCCUCCUGGGCCGCAGCCUCUUCCUCUGAUCGGAAACUUGAAUGUUGUGGACCUGAAAAAGCCAUUCCAGUCGCUGACAGAGCUCUCCAAGCUAUAUGGCAAUGUCUUCACCGUGCAUUUCGGACCCAGGAAAGCUGUGGUGCUGGCUGGAUACGAAACCAUCAAGGAUGCCCUUUUAAAUCAUGCUGAAGAAUUUGGAGAGAGAGCAGAAAUACCCAUAUUUAGGAAAAUGACACGAGGAAACGGCAUAGCAUUCAGCCACGGAGAGUUAUGGAAAACUAUGAGAAGAUUCACCUUGUCCACACUGCGAGAUUUUGGAAUGGGAAGGAGAACGAUUGAGGUCCGAAUCCUGGAGGAACUAAAUUCUCUAAUUAAACAUUUUGAAUCUUAUCAAGGGAAACCAUUUGACACGAAGAUGAUCCUCAACAAUGCUGUAUCCAACGUCAUCUGCUCUAUACUGUUCGGAGAGAGGUUUGAAUAUGAUGAUCCAGCAUUUCUCACUUUGCUGAAGCUGUUAAAUGAGAAUACCAAGCUGCUGGGCUCACCGAUGAUGCUGUUAUAUAAUUUCUACCCAUCCCUUGGAUUUCUCAUUGGAGCUUCCAAGACCGUGCUACAAAAUAUCAGUGAGCUGAGUGCCUUCCUCCAGGAACUCUUCAAGGAGCACGAAGAAGAAUUUAAUGAGAAUAACCUAACAGGCUUCGUUGAUGCCUUCAUGAUGAAGCAACAACAGGAGUCAAAGAAACCCCACAGUAUGUUCCACAAUGAAAGCCUGCUGUUUUCAACCCUGGAUCUCUUUGCUGCUGGGACUGAGACUACUUCCACAACCAUGCGCUGGGGUCUCCUUCUGAUGAUGAAAUACCCAGAAAUUCAGAGAAAAAUUCAGGAAGAAAUGAACCAGGUCAUCGAGCCAGGGGAGAUGCCGAAGCUGGAGGACCGGAAAAAGAUGCCUUACACAGAUGCAGUGAUACACGAAAUACAAAGAUUUGCCAAUAUUGUCCCAAUGGGUGUGUCACGAUCAACACCUACUGAUGUGAACUUCCGAGGCUACGUAAUUCCUAAGGGUACAGAGAUUAUACCGCUGCUGACCUCUGCUCUGAAUGACGAGCUGCACUGGAAAACCCCACAUCAGUUCAACCCAUCCCACUUCCUGGACGCUGAUGGGAACUUUGUUAGGAGAGAGGCAUUUAUUCCAUUCUCCAUAGGUGAGAGGGGUAAUUUGUGCCCAUCCUGGGGCCAGCCUAACAGCACCGUGCCCACUGACCCCAGGGAAGUAUGUAAGUGAAGGACACUGAUAAGGCAGGAUAAGAGGUUUCUGGCCAUUGGUCCUGUCCACCACUGCUAUAAACUGCUGUUCCUUGGGAGAUCUGGCAGACACUGAUUUAUCCCCAGGCACUGGAUGAUCUCACACACCUACAGGCUUCCAGGCAGCUUGACACUAAGUCAGCAGUACCCCCCUCCCCAACAUACCGAGAAAAGGAAGGAAAAGCUUCCUACCUC